UCAAUUCUCAUCUCUCUUCUUCUGGUCUCAAUACUGACUCUUUGGUCCCUUCCUCCUCUUCCUCUGUCUCCAGUGGAUCUUCUUCUUCUUUUGUUCCUCCAGAGACAUCACUGGACUCUGUCCCUUCGAUUAGUGGACCAUCAAGCACUGACUCAACAGUACUAAGGUCCGAAGGUUCCACUGCUUUUCGUGAGACCCUGUCUGCCGUCACUCAGUACUCCUCCUUUAAAGAACUGGCUACACUCACUUAUGCUGAUGGGCCCAUUGGAUCAAGCAGUAUUGUCUCCAGCAUUGAGUUUGAUAAAGAUGGAGACUUCUUUGCUGUUGGUGGAGUGACAAAGAAAGUGAAGAUAUUUGAUUACAAUACUGUCACAGAGGCUAGGAUGUUCCCAACCAUUCACUACCCAGUGAGAGAGAUACCUUGUCAUGCUAAAAUAAGUUCAGUUGCUUACAGUCCUUAUAUAAAGCCACAGUUAGCAACAAGUGACUAUGAUGGUACCCUGUCCAUAUGGGAUUGCCACCAGAUGAAAUGCACUAGGAAUUAUCAA